AUGAUGUACUCGCCCAAGUUCCUGCUCGCGCUGUGCCUGGCGGUGGGCAUGGUGACGGCUUUGCCUAAGGUGGGGUCGACCAGCGAGUUGGAUGGAGAUCUCUACAACUACAAGAAGCGGGCUGAUGCUGAGCUCGACGGCGACUUGUAUAACUACAAGAAGCGGGCUGAUGCUGAACUUGACGGGGAUCUUUACAACUACAAGCGUGACGGAGCCGAGUUGGAUGGCGACCUCUACAACUACAAGAAGCGCGAUGGGGCCGAGCUUGACGGAGAUCUAUACAACUACAAAAAACGGGCUGAUGCUGAGCUCGAUGGCGACUUGUAUAAUAACUAA